AGCGGGGCUGGCCAUUGGCUCCUCCUUUUUGUCGGCUUCUCCGGACUUGGAUGGCGAUGCGCCCGCAAGCGCUCGACAAGUCGCCGAACUUCUCUUGACUUGCAUCGGACAUGUCGGAGGGAGACUUUUACGCCGUGGGCGGGCGCCAGAGGUUUCCGCGCGACCCUUUCGGAGACGCGAUGACCUCGCGCUUCCUGGCGGAGGACGACUUCGGCAUGCCGCCCUUCCCGGACGACCUGUCCAUGGACUGGCCAGACUGGGCCAGGCCGGGCCGGCUGGGCUCCCGCCUGGGCGGCGGUGGCGGCGGCGGCUUGCGGGCGGCCUUCCCCGAACGCCGUCGGCCCCAGUCCGGGCCGUCGCUCUUCGAGCCCUCGUCCGCCGCCGCCGCCGCCGCUGCCGCCGCGGGGGACCCGUGGAAAGUGUGCGUGAACGUGCACAGCUUCAAGUCGCACGAGCUCAACAUCAAAACUAGGGAGGGAUUCGUCGAAGUGUCAGGAAAACAUGAAGAGAAGCAGGAGGAAGGCGGCAUCGUCACCAAGAAUUUCACCAAGAAGAUCCAGAUCCCGACGGACGUGGACCCCCUAACGGUGUUCGCCUCGCUGUCGCCCGAGGGCGUGCUCAUCAUCGAAGCGCGCCAGACGCCGCCCUACUCCCUCUUCAGCGACAACGCGCCGCCUGAGGAGGACGCAGACUCGGCCCUUACGCUCCAGGAGGCGUCGGUGCACUAACGCCAAAUUGACGCACCCCGCGCGACCUUCUUCACCUUCAGCGUGGUUGCGCAAUACCGUAACGUAUCUCUUGACGCGCUGAUCAGGGGCAGCUUUUCAACCAAAACGAGAACUUAGUAUAUUUUGGUUGUCGUUUGACCGGCGCUCCACCCAAGCAGUCGGACACGUUGGCAAAUCGUCAUGAAUGCUCUCUGUUCACAUUAUAUAUAUAUAUUUUUUUUUUUCAAUAAAAGUGGAUGUAUUAAAAGUAUA